AUGGCUGCACCAUCUCCAGAUCCCGCUAUGGACCUCGUUCCUAUCAAGCAAGAAGAAGAAACUGCUGAAAAUGAUGCUCCAGCGCAAGAACCCAAGCUUCCAACCAAAAAAGAUAUCUCACUCAAAGAGUUUCUUGGGAAGAUGGAUGAUUACGCUCCAAUCAUUCCUGAUGCUGUGACAAACUAUUACCUCACAAAAGCUGGUCUUCCACCCCCACCACAAACAGAUGCGCGUUUGGCCCGUCUGCUUGCGCUUGCAACUCAAAAGUUCAUCGCUGAUAUUGCGGCCGAUGCUUAUCAAUAUUCCCGCAUUAGGUCUUCCAAUUCUUCAAGUGCCAAUAAUCCCAUGGGAAACUUGGGCGCUGCCGCUGGUUUCCCAAUUCCAGGUCAGCAACCAGCUGGUGCAACAGGAGGAAAGGACCAGCAGGGACGUGGAGGACCUCUUGGUAUCCAAAGACCUGGAUUUGGUGGUGGUGGACAGGGAGGUAGUCAAAACCGAACGAUUCUAACCAUGGAAGACUUGGGUAUGGCCGUCGGAGAAUAUGGCGUGAAUGUAAAACGCGGGGAGUUCUAUCGUUAA